AUGGGUAACAAGACUGAAAAGACCGACAGACUGUCAGCCGAUCAGAUCAAGGAAUACAAAGGAGUCUUAGAGAUGUUUGAUGAGGAGGGCAAUGGAUUGGUAAAGACAACUGAGCUGGAACAGCUAAUGACCCUACUGGGCAUCAACCCCAGUAAGAGCGAACUAGGGACAAUGGCCAAGGAAGUGGACAAAGAUAACAAAGGUACCUUUAACUGUGAUGGCUGCUUGUCACCGAUGGCCAUUUAUCAUGAGAAAGCCAAAAAUCAGUUUGUUGAGCUGAGGGCAGAGUUCAAGGUCUUUGACAAGGAGGCCAAAGGUUACAUAGACUGGGACACUCUCAAGUACGUGCUCAUGAAUGCAGGGGAACCUCUUAAUGAGGUGGAAGCUGAGCAGAUGAUGAAAGAGGCUGACAAAGAUGGGGACAGAACGAUUGAUUAUGAAGAGUUUGUGGCCAUGAUGACUGGAGAAUCUUUUAAGGUCGUCCAGUAG